GCGUAUGGUUUACCUUUGGGUGUUGCUUAAGGUCUUUGUCAGCUGCUGUGAAUCAAAUCAAAUUGAGAAUCCCUUUACGUACGGCACUUUGAGUAGCAGAAUAUCUUGUGGAGUUGUGGUUCACAAAAGAGAGGUAGGUGCCAUCAAAACGUGAUUACACAUCAAUAACUGGAACUGACUUUUAUUAGUGGUUGAUACGGUUGAAUUUCAUGAAUCCAUCUUUUCUUAGAAUCAGAACUUUUCACCCCGACCAAUAUUGACAGCAAAAACUAAUCUGUCUUUAUCCUCAAGUAGCUAUCCCUCAUUCAUUCCAGACUCUAGAACUCGAGACCUACUCUUCCACCAAAUCUAACCGAAUCCAUUUGAUGCCAUAAAGUUCCUCGGCCUAUGACAGAACUCUACACCAUUCAUCCCCAAUAGUAGCAAACCCAACAAAUGAAGGAGUUUUAAUAGUCUAGUAACCUGUUAAUCUAAGUCAAUUUAGGGUGUAUAGAUAUCUUAUUUUCUUAUUUCCUAUCCCUCACUCGGUCACUCUAUAUUCUAACUUCAGAAAUGGGCAAGUAACUACCUAUAAGAUCCAGCUCCUGUAAUUGACACAUUGGCAGGGCAAAGAAAUAACUUGAGGGAGGAUUCAGUGUAUACCAAGAGGGCAAGAGGCUGGUAUCUGCCUGCAUUAUUGCUUCAUGAUAAAAACCCAAAGCUUCCUUCGACAACGACCCUUAUUAUGAGUACUCUCUUCCUCCUGUCGCAGUUCAUCUGACCCAACAGUCUGGUAAUAUCUAGAUUUCAACACCUGCAGACAAAAAGCAAAAAGCAGAAUAGCAUCAACACAGAGAGCAAACAAAACCUCGAGAUUUCCCAUCUCAGCAUCACCACGGGGGGCCUCUCUUUGUCUGGUUCCAAUAAUUUGAUUCAAUUCAACACUGCCGAAAUCCGGACUCACGUGAAAAACAGUACUCAGUUAUCCAGCUCCAAUACUUUUGCUUAUUAUAGCUCCCUCUCGCUCUCUGUCUAACCCAGCUUUGGCUUCUGUAGUUGACAACAAAUCUUUCCAUGGAGAUCAAGAGCUCAACUUGCCAUCCAGUUUCCAACUCAUAUGGAUCAGCUGCUGCGAGUUUUGAAGACCACCUCAUGCAGCAGAAACUACUCUUCUCUGCCAAUCUCAAGGUAAGGGAAUAAGAAUCCCUCUGUUCCUUCAUUCCUUGUGCUUGAGAAAGUUUCAAUUAUUCUGAUUUGGUGGGUGGGUGAGUUUCCCAUGAGUUGAAGAGUCUAAGGAAACAGUUGUACUCGGCAGCUGCACAGUUCGAACAGUCAUACAGUAAUGAAGUCCAGAAAGAGAUGUGAGUCACGACCGAAUUCCGUACCUGAAAACCAUGUUGAAUUUACCGGCUGUAAAAAAGUUUCUUGUUACUUCAAUCAAUGCAGACUGACGGAUACCUGCAAAGACUACACCAUAAAAGCCCUGAUCAAUACGAUCGACCACUUGGGUUCCGUGGCAUACAAGGUGAACAGUUUCCUCGACCAGACAGCGAAUGAAGUUGCUGCAGUGGAGCUCCGGUUCUAUUCCCUGGAGCAGGUGAUUGAUUGGACGAUGCUUUUAAUGUGAAACACAACCAAGUCGUGAGUUUCAUUCAAUGCCCCCUCUUAGUUUCUGAAACCAACUUCCCAUCUUUUCUUUCCCAGAGAGCAAAGACAUGGCAACAUUACAUAAACCGAGGCGGGAUAUAUCAGCAUUCUCUGGCUUUCAAAGCUCCCAAGCACCACACACAGUACAUAAUUCCAGGCAGAAAUCUUCAGACCUUCGCUUUUAAAAUCAUCUCCAUAACAAUGCUGGUUUUCUGCGAGGUGCAUAAGAAGUUUUUCUGUUCAGCAGAGGACGCGAAGGAGGCUGCAGAAUGGGAAGGAGAGAGCGUGACCACGGAGGAAAAUGAAGCUCAUUGUAGUAGAAGUAGCUCCAGUCUUGAAUUAAACUUCCAUCGUCUCGCCAAUGGUAAUUUUGCUUCUCCUCCAUCCUUUUUUGUAACAGUUAUCUAGUAAACUCACUAUUUGUUGGAUGGCCGUUGUUCUUCUCCGACAAAGCUGUUCGAAAGAAAACCAAUGGCAACAGCCCUUCCACCUUUCUGAGAGAAGGGCAUUCUCAGUUCAAGUACUCAGAGGAAUCUUCACGACAACCAAAGUUAGCAUUUUUGUGGAGUUCGACUAGUACCAUUGAUAGUAAUAAAAAGAGAGCAGACUCUCCACAGCAGCACCCGCUUCUCCGAUCUGGAUCUCUAUAUCUCAAGAGAUCAAUUUCUACGAACUAUGCCAAUGGGAAGCAAAGGAAUCCAUCAGCUCCUCGGAGAUUGGUUUCAUGGCCGGAACAAAGAGGAAUAGAUGGCGGGAAGAAUAAGAAUGAGCAGCAGUCCAGCAAAAGCAAACGCCUGUUCAGGGCCAUGGUGAGCUUGCGGGGAACCAGGAAAGAUAAUGGUUCCAUCUACAAGCAAUUGGACGAGAUCUGAAAACAACAAGUUCGAAGGAAGACUUUGGAAGACACAAUUAAUAUGGUUUUAUCUAUCUUUUCUAAUGGUUCAGCUUCUAGUCUCAAUUUUAGCCAUUAUGGGUGUGGCCGUGCCUUCAAAUUUCUGCCACAAGUAUGUAAAUGGACUUUACAACUUAAAUUUUAAGAAGAAAGAGACCCAAAGUUUAAUUCUCAAAA